AUGAGGAAGGGAAAGUUCUUGAGACAGUUUCCUCUGAUGCAAGUGGUUUUCAAGGUAAGAUUUGAUGGCAAAACAGUUAUCAUUACAGAAGUCAACACUGGAAUUGGCAAAGAAACCACAAGAGAUUUAUCUAAAAGAGGGGCCAGGAUCAUCAUAGCUUGCAGAGAUAUUGCCAAAGCCGAAACAGCACAGAGAGAGAUUGUUGCUGAUUCAGGCAACCAAAAUGUCCUCAUCAGAAAACUCGACACGAAAUCAAUCCAGGAAUUUGACGAAGUAAUAAACAAAGAGGAAAAGCAAUUACAUGUUCUCAUAAACAAUGUUGGAAUCAUGAUGUGCCCCUAUUCUAAGACUGCAGAUGGCUUUAAGAUGCAAUUUGGAGUCAACCAUUUGGGUAAAAUAUUUUUUACGUUCUUUUCAUCCAAGAGAAGUGCUGAAUCUCAAAUUUAUAGUGCUUCAUGAUACACAUUCAUGACUGAUCUAUUCUAUGUUUCUCAUUUGGAUGACAUCAACAGUGAGAAGAAUUACCAAAGCAAUGGACAGAGCAAGCUAGCAAAUAUCCUCUGUUCUCGAUCCCUGACCAAAAGUCUUAAAGACACAGGCGUGACAGUAGACUCAAUCCACCCAGGCAUUGUUUGCACUGAACUAAAGAGACACAUGAACCUUGGGCUCCUAAUAGUCAGGCCUUUCACUAAGACAUCAGUGCAGGGAGCGCAGACUUCAAUCUACUGUUCUGUGUAGCCAGCGCUCGACUCACGCAGUGGUGGCUAUUACAGCAAUUGUAGACCUUCAAGUUGCACAAGAGCUACACAAGAUGAUGAGAUGUGGGAGCUGUGGGACCUCAGUUGCCAGAUGCUUGGCAUGAACUGGGAAUGA